GACUGGGCUAGGCAGUGGGGGAAUGAGAAUUUAAAAUGUUGCUCUGUCCGCGGUGAGGCGAAUUCUAGUCUUGAAUGAGGAUUCGGAUUUAUGCGUAAAGGCACAUAUCUUGUUUAGAAAGAAGUAAUACAAAAACAUACAGACAAAUCACGAAAAUGUUCAAAUAUGUCCCACUCCUCCCCACCUUCUUCAUCCCUCUCCUUGCAUCCCCAGCUCCUGUACCCCUAACAACAACCACCCUCUCCACCGAUUACACAUCCCAAGGCUACCUCCUCGCACUCAACGCAUCAGCUCCUUAUUUCACAGGCGCCGGCCCCAUCAGCGGUUGUAUAACCUCGCGCUUUACAUGGACACUGGAUACUACCUCCUGCGGUCUCUUUGACGGUACACGCAUUAUAUAUAAUAAAAGUAUCGGGAUGUGGAUGUAUGUAUUUGGGAGUGAGGAGGGAAUAUGUGGAUUAGUGGAGGGUGGUCGCGUAACGUGUUCGGAUACGAAGAUUAAGAGCCUGGGGAAGUGGAGCGCGGUAUUUAUUCUUUCCUUUGAUGAUUAGGAUGGUAUGUGUAAGCAGUGGGAGUAAAUACUAAUGUGAUGGAAUUAGCCGAAUUCGACAGUCUCGGGUGUACCGUUGUAUAUGAUGGGAUGGGCUAAUUGGCCCGUGGAGCAAUGGCCGAGUUAUGGGGUCGAUGUAGAUGUUUGGAAUACUUUAGUUGAUAAUCCUAUGCCGGGAGUUUCGUUAGAGGGUUUUGCGAAAUCUUUUAGUUUGAAAUGGAAGGCUGUAUAAAGAUUUGAUCAGUCAAAAUUUUUGUUGUUUCCGGAGUGGUUAAAGUUUAGGCGUUCCUGUGGAGUUGUGA